UCACGCGGAAAUUCCACCAGGCGUGUUCCCGCCGCCCCGCCGACAGUUUCACGUUUCACGCAGUUUCACGUGUUACGUGUACAAAGAUCGUGUUUGUGGAUGACGAAGACGAAAUCGCAUCUGCGGGCAACGAUGUGCAGGUAACAUUGCUGCGCGCAUCGGUGCGACAUGCGAUGGUGAAACGGGUAGCAGGAUUGGGGAGCGGCGUGUGUGCAGCUGCGAGCUCUCGGUGCGAACGAAGGAACACGGGCGUGAAAUCGCCGACAAUCGAUGCCAAUGGCCUACGAAGCGUUAUGGCACGAGUACAAGCAGAUGCCCGUGGUGACGCGAGCUUACACCACAGCCUGUGUCAUCACGACCCUUGCUGUGCAAUUAGACUUGGUAUCCCCGUUUCAAUUGUAUUUCAAUCCUAUUCUUAUUGUGGAGCAGUACCAGAUAUGGCGAUUAAUAACAACAUUUCUGUUCUUUGGAAAUAUUGGAUUCAAUCUAUUAUUCAAUAUGAUCUUCACAUAUCGAUAUUGCCGUAUGUUGGAGGAAGGAUCCUUCCGCAGGAGAACAGCUGAUUUUGUGAUGAUGUUUAUCUUUGGUGGAUUAUGCAUGAUUACUUUUGCAUUCUUCGUCAAUUUGCUAUUCCUGGGGCAUGCAUUCACAAUAAUGUUGGUGUACGUGUGGUCACGACGAAAUCCUUUCGUCAGGAUGAACUUCUUCGGACUUUUGAACUUCCAAGCUCCGUAUUUACCGUGGGUAUUGUUAGGCUUCUCUGUAUUGCUUGGCAAUACGAUAUGGGUUGAUCUUGUGGGAAUGGCAGUAGGGCAUACUUACUAUUUCGCAGAGGAUGUAUUUCCCCGAUUAAGAGGUGGUUUCCGAAUUCUGAAAACUCCUCAAAUACUACUUUGUUUGAUGCAUAUCCUGAGGAUACAGAUUAUAUGCCACCACCAGAAGAUCGGCCAGGCGGCUUCAAUUGGGGAGAAGAAGCCAAUGUACAAUAAUCGAAAAAUUCAGCAUUCUCUUCUUGAUGCUGUUUCUUACGUCGAAUUGUCCGAGGAUGUUGCUAUCAUUGUUCCUUUCGAAUUGUGUAUGAUAAUUUUUAGUGCCCGGGUUUGUACGCAAAGAUGUAUAACGAGAUACACGUAAAAGAUAAUAUAUGUAUAGGGUGUAUAAGAGAUCGAGCGAUUUCAUUCCAUUAAAGAUCUUUCGAAAAACAUAAUAAAAGCAUAAGCUGAUAUUUUUUAAGUGAAAAUUCGAUACCUAUAUAAGAUUUUACUUAAAGAUUGCGAUUAAUAAUCUUCAAUAAUAAUCAAAUUGUCGUCGAAGAAAAGUCAACUUCAAACUUUUCAAGGAAUUAAUAAAUAUAAGAAAAAGGGCUAUGAGUCAAGUAUUGGCCUUUCUUUUAUAUUUAUUAUUUUUUUAAAUUUUUGAGCCUUAGUAUCUGUAUAUAAUUGUUGACUUCUCAAGGAAUUUGUAGACAUGAGAAAACGCGCGAGUAUUUAUACACUCUGCAUAUAGUCAAAAAAGCUACAAAGAAACGCACUCAAAUAAUCAGUAAGCUUUAUUGAUUUUUCUAAAUUCCAUUUACACAUUCAUACGUGUUUUUCGAUACUCGUUUCUAUAUACAGAAUCCGGAUUCUAUUAAUAUUAGCUCUUUGGAAGCUAAGCGUUGCGCUUCUAGCGCUGUGCUAUUGCAGAAAAUAUGAAUUAAAUUGUUUUAUUCAGAAUAUAAGGCUGCGAACUUAUAUUUUGUUUUUCAAUCAUAGAUUCUUCAUUAAGUUUGAAAUGAGUUAAAGAUUAGUAAUUUUAGUUGUUAUUAGAUAUUUCAGUCUAUUAGGCCUAGUCUACAAUCAGUCGGGAGACAUCGUAUGUCGUGCCGUAAGAAAUUAACCAAUCAUGGUCGAUUGUUUUUUUCACAUUCAACUGUGAUUGGCGAAUUUCUUAUGGCACGACAUACGACGUCUUCCGACUGGUUGUAGACCUAGGCCUAAGCUGUUUAUACGAUCCUAAUGUCGUAUAUAGUAGCUUAUUUCAUUCUAAACGUAUGUAGCAAGUAAAAUGUUUUAGUGAUAAUAAAUAUUAAAGUUUGUCGUAUUCCGCAGAUUUAUAUCUGCUGCAGAAUUUAAAAUUCUCUAAUUCGAUAGAGAUUUUUAUGUACGCGAAUAAAACUGAAUUUCGAGGGUUACACCCAUCUGUCGCUAGAGAAUAAACUUCCGGUUGAACACGAGAAUUAUAAUUUUCCGAAUUAAUUAGAUUUAUUAUAUUAAGAAUGUCACUUUUGUAAAAAAGAUAUUUGCGAUCGGUGGUAAUUUUGUGAUACACUAAUCGUGCUCAUAUAGUUCUUGCAAGUAUCGAUGGAAGAAAGAAAAAAAUGCCAUUGUGACAGGGAGACUAUUUUAAAUUGUACUAAAGCAUUUAUUUAUAUUUAUUAUUGUAGCGAAAUGUAAUCUAGGUAACAUCUACAAAGUACAAAUCGUUAAAUAUAAACUGAAGAAAUAAUAUAUAUACACUUCCCACACUUUGUUUAUACGUGUAUAUUAUGUACUAUGUGAAUACAACGGAGAUUUCGCAUUGAUAGUUAAUAACUGUCGCUUCUUUUUUUCAUUACCUUUUCAUUAUGAGGACGAUGAAAAGGUAAUGUUUUUUUUUUCUAGGACCAAUCUAUUGUAAAUUAUAUAGUCAAUUACUGUAGCAAAGAAUUUUUUUAAGUGUGAGUUAAGUUUUAGUGUAGUUUUGCAUCUUGAAAUUUUUUCUCUUAUUUAGGAAAAGUGGAUUAUUUUUUUCAAGUACGAUUAAUAAUUAGCUUGGAUGUAACUUUUUCUGUGAUUCUCGUGAGCGCUAUAUGCAAUUAUGAUCCUAAGCUAAAUAGUUGUGAAUUUUUAAUACAGGUCACUUCCAAAUGUUAAUGCAAAUAUAUUUUAUAUUGUACUGAUUUAAGCAAAGAAAUAAGAAAUUUGGACUCCCGCAUGAUUGCGAGAAAUAAUUAUCGUUGUUCUAAUAGCAAUUUCUAAGAUCCUUAGGGAUUUUAAGUUCUUUAAAUUAUUUAUUCCUUUUGAAUACUAGAUUCGAAUAUCUAUAGCGUUUUAAUUUCUUAAAUUUGCACAUAUUUAUCUUUUCUUAUAUCUUUGACUUCCAGGAUCGUAGGAUGUUUUUCCUUCGCACGAUGUAUUCCUUGAAUUUAAUAGUUAAUAAUUAUCAAAGAGCUGUAAAGAAAAUAAUGAGUAGUAAUAAGAAAUGAUUUUAUAAAACCAUUUAUUUCGAUUUAAAUAAUAAAUGAUUAGCGUAA